AGCAGAAUCUUUAGUCAAUAUACAAAAGGCCACACGAAUGGGUUGAGCUUACUGAAGAUUACUGUUUGUGGCCCAGGAAAUGCCUCUCUCGCCACCCAUCCAGUUUUAUAUUCUCCUGUAAAAUAGGCAUGUCAUGAGAAGUUCCCUGAGGAACUUUGAAGACAAGUGUAUGAGAGCUCUGGAGCCCCAUCCCCCUGCCCUGAGCAUAGUCGCCAAAAGGACUUUCCACUUAGUUUACUCUGCUUGCUUUUGAGCCUGCGGCAAAAAAUUCUACCUUCUGAGCGACUGUGGGUGGAGGGAGGGCCUGAGAUGACAUCAAAUCACAGUUCUUCCUCCUCCCCUCAGGAAGUAAAGUCCACUAGCAGGAGGGCCUAAAUCGUCUGAGCCCUCCUUGGCUCUUACAAUGCUCGCUUGUUUUCACAGUGCAGUAAAAUGAAAUGCCUUAGAAAAAGAGUAACAUUCCAGAAAAUGGUGUAAUUUAUUUUUCUUCCUUAAUUGCCCGAUCUGUGGAGGAUUUCUUUGCUGAACACCACAUCAAAGGGAUCUUCUGCAUUUAAAAUAGAAGAGGCAUCAUGCUGAAGAGGGAGGGGAAGGCCCGACCUUACACUGAAACCCCGGAUGGAGGAUGGGGAUGGAUGAUUGUGGUUCAUUUUUUCCUGGUCCCCUGGUUGCUAUUAUUUGUGACAUACUUGGAGAGAAAACUACCUCCAUUCUUGGGGCUUUCCUUGUUACUGGUGGAUAUCUGAUCAGCAGCUGGGCCACAAGUAUUCCUUUUCUUUGUGUGACUAUGGGACUUCUACCUGGUUUGGGUUCUGCUUUCUUAUACCAAGUAGCUGCUGUGGUAACUACCAAAUACUUCAAAAAACGAUUGGCUCUUUCUACAGCUAUUGCCCGUUCUGGGAUGGGACUGACUUUUCUGUUGGCACCCUUUACAAAAUUCCUUAUAGAUCUGUAUGACUGGACAGGUGCCCUUAUAUUAUUUGGAGCUAUUGCACUGAAUUUGGUGCCUUCUAGUAUGCUCUUAAGACCCAUCCAUAUCAAAACUGAGAAUUCUGGUAUUAAAGAUAAAGGCAGCAGUUUGUCUGCACGUGGUCCAGAGGCAUGUGCAACAGAAACACACUGUGAUGAGACAGAAGAGUCUACCAUCAAGGACAGUACUACGCAGAAGGCUGGACUACCUAGCAAAAAUUUAAUAGUCUCACAAAAUCAAAGUGAAGAGUUCUACAAUGGGCCUAACAGGAACAGACUGUUACUAAAAAGUAAUGAAGAAAGUGAUAAGGUUAUCUCGUGGAGCUGCAAACAACUCUUUGAUAUUUCUCUCUUUAGAAAUCCUUUCUUCUACAUAUUUACUUGGUCUUUUCUCCUCAGUCAGUUAGCAUACUUCAUCCCUACCUUUCACCUGGUAGCCAGAGCCAAAACACUGGGGAUUGACAUCAUGGAUGCCUCUUACCUCGUUUCCGUAGCAGGUAUCCUUGAGACGGUCAGUCAGAUUAUUUCUGGAUGGGUUGCUGAUCAAAACUGGAUUAAGAAGUAUCAUUACCACAAGUCUUACCUCAUCCUCUGCGGCAUCACUAACCUGCUUGCUCCUUUAGCCACCACAUUUCCACUACUUAUGACCUACACCAUCUGCUUUGCCAUCUUUGCUGGUGGUUACCUGGCAUUGAUACUGCCUGUACUGGUUGAUCUGUGUAGGAAUUCUACAGUAAACAGGUUUUUGGGACUUGCCAGCUUCUUUGCUGGGAUGGCUGUCCUUUCUGGACCACCUAUAGCAGGCUGGUUAUAUGAUUAUACCCAGACAUACAAUGGCUCUUUCUACUUCUCUGGCAUAUGCUAUCUCCUCUCUUCAGUUUCCUUUUUUUUUGUACCAUUGGCCGAAAGACGGAAAAACAGUCUGACCUGAAAGAAAGAAGACUGCAAUCAAGUGAGAGCUUAACGAAAGAAAACCUAAACUAGUAUGUCACUGGAAACAAAAGCUUGAAAGAAACGCAUCUAUAUUUGUAACAUGAGAAGGUAAACAAGAAUUUUUUUUUUUUUUUGAGACGGCGUCUCACUCUGUCACCCAAGCUGGAGUGCAGUGGCGGAAUCUCGGCUCACUGCAACCUCCCCCUCGCAGAUUCAAGCGAUUCUGCCUCAGCCUCCCAAGUAGCUGGGACUACAGGCACAUACCAUCACACCCAGCUAAUUUUUUGUAUUUUUAGUAGAGACAGGGUUUCACCAUGUUAGCCAGGAUGGUCUCCAUCUCCUGACCUCCUGAUCCGCCCGCCUUGACCUCCGAAGUGCUGGGAUUACAGGAAUGAGUCACGGGGCGCUGCCAACCAGAUAAGUUUUUAAGGUUCCUUCUUGCUUUAGCAUUCUGAGAAAUGUCUAAUUGGUAGCAAGACAAGAGUAAUAGCAGCCUGUAUUGUUAGUAUUUAAUCAAAUAGUCUGAAAUUUUAAUCAGGUAUCUUAUAUAUUAAAUAGAAAUCGGAAUGUACCAUAAUAAAUCCAAACUCUCAAUUACGCCAUGGUAAUUCAGUCACUAAAAUAUGUAAAGAUAGAACAUUUUUUCUUAAUUUACAGAAGUGCGAAAAAUAACCUUUGAUUGAUCAGAACCCUAGAAUCUGAAUAUUAAAACCUCACUUAGUGACUGGAAUGGUAUAUACUCCCUCCAAAAGUUUAUCUUUGUUUAUUGAUUAAAGGUAAUCCUUACUUUCUUUGUAUUACUUAGGUUCUUAAAUUUCUAUGAUAAGUAUGUAUUGCUAAAUAAUAAACAGUAUAUAAAAAUUGCUUUAAAAA